AUGGGCGACAACAAACUGCGCAAACGCCCUGCCCCAAUGGGCCUCGAGGGCCCCAGCAGCGGCACAGGCUCUGCCGCGCCCGUGUUUUUGCAGAAGACCUACGACAUGAUUGAGAGCUCGCCGCCGGCCGUCGCGUGCUGGAGCGAGACCGGCACGUCGUUCAUCAUCAAGUUGCCGCGCGAGUUCGCCAAGACGAUGCUCCCGCGCUACUUCAAGCACAACAACUUUAGCAGUUUCGUGCGGCAGCUCAACUUCUACGGCUUCCGGAAGCACAAGAAGGACGAGAUUGUCAUCAACACGGAAGAGGACGAGAGCAAGAACUGGUGGGAGUUCUACCACGAGAAGUUCGUGCGCGGGCGGCAGGAGCUCAUGGCGCAGAUCCGGCGGAAAACGUACUCGGAGCCGGCGUCGCCUGACCACGAAGAGGUCGAGACGCUCAAGCAGUCGGUGCAGAGCCUGCAGGGCCAAGUGUCCGAGCUCAUGGGCCAACUGUCGGACCUGACGGGGCUUGUCAAGAGCCUGCUGCAGGACAAACCCGCGCGGGGACCGCCGCUGUCGGUGUCGGCACCGGCCCAGCGCGCGCCGAAGCGCAUCAAGAUGAACGACCCGUCCGUGCCCCGGAUGACGCUCGCUGCUCCGCCGCCACCUGCCAACGUCCUGCCGGACGCCUACGCGUCGCACUUGGACCACGUCGCGACGUCACAGCUGCGUCAGCCGCCGCUCAAUAUGAUGCUGGACCCCAUGUCGAAGAGCCAGAGCCAGCGGACAAGAGAGAUGUCGCUCAUGGAGUGGACCGAGUCGUACGGCAUGGACUACUUACUGAACGACUCGGGCCGGCAAAUGCCGCUCUUUGGCGAGGACAUGCUUAGCUACGACUGA